GCGAAUUCUGUCUCCACGUUUCGGUCAAGAACAAAUUAACACAAACAUACGAAAUCGCAGUUUUUCUGAUAUGACACCUGGAAGUAUAAGGUUGAAGCUGGGUGCUUUAGCAAGUGACUGGUCGGAUCGUCCUUUCCUCCCAUCUACCAGGAAAUAUAGGUCUUUUAAAUGCUGGUGGUUCCUUGCAUGCCAUUAACAUGGAGUACAGCAAGAUGAAAACCACAAGAGUGAAUAAGGAGGUAGCUGGCAGUGCCACUAUUUGCCAGGUAUCAUAUUCGUUAAUUAAAAAAAGAAGUUAUAUCAGGAUCUUUCUUGGUGGUUAGCGCUGUCAUGAUUAAGGAGGCGACACUAUACCAAGGAAGGCUACUACUUACAUGGUGAAUGACCUCCAUGUAACUUACUUGUCGUCACUGCAUUCUGCAAACUUUUAAAAUUGGCGUUCGCCACCAACAUUUAUGGUUAACGGGUCAUUUUGGGCAACCAUCGUGACCAAUGCAACAACAGACAUGAGCAGUUGUCAGUACUCCGACACACUUUACAAAAGAGCAAAAUGGUAUCCCACGUGUUCCAAGCAACAGAGCGACUAUGACAAUAUAAAAGACCACUUGCAGUUCUCUGCUGGCAGCUCGUGUGAACUUAGCUAUCGCUGCACUGAAUGCAUGUCUAAUGAUUGCACUUGCAAAUGCACCAGGACGAUGGAGUUAAUGCACCCAAUACAGAUACUCAGCUCAAGUUCUAAUAUGCUGGAUAACUUGAUUUGUAUUAUUAUGUUUAUGUGCGAUAAACUGGAAAUACUUAAAGAGCUCGAGGAACUACGAAAAGCUCAUCUGGAUCUAGAAAUUGCUGAUCUCCGGAAGAAAUUAGGAAUAAAGAAAGAACCAAAGGAAAAAGUUGUCAUCCAUUUCGACGAGGCGCACUCGGACCCGCAGUUCGUGCUGCACAAAGCCGAGAGCAGCGCCACUUGGGGAGGCGCGCCCGAGCAACUCAGCCCAGACCAACGCGUGUACCUCGGCAACUGGCGCCUGUGGGGCGCGGAAGGCUUCACGUCCGGGACGCACUACUGGGAGGUACAGGUGGAGGACGGCUCGGCCUGGUUUGUGGGCGUCUCCGUGAACUCGUACAAGGCCAGGUCGUGGCUGAAAUCACUCCCGAGCAGCGGGCUGUGGCUGGUCAUGCUGUGGAACGUCGGAAAGGGCAAGUACCCCUCCAGGAGCCUCGGGAACGCGGUCAAGUUAGUCGAGAUGACCAAGGUCGGGGUUCUGCUGGACUUCGACGGCGGCCAGGUUGGUGGAGUUGAUCUUUUCUGGUUUUGUUUUAGUAAGGUCCGGUUUGCUGUACCCCUCCUCCCACCUUAUUCCAUGCUCCUUCUAAUGCUCCAGGCAACAAGGUACCUCCUCUGCUGCCGAUCCAGAAAUAAGCGCGAUGUUCCCUAGCCAAUAGGACCUUUCCUAAAAUAUUGUCAAGAGCCACUAAUGAUGCGUGUGAAUUUAAUGUAAUCAUCUUUAAUCUGGCUAUAAUAUCUCUUUCAGUUCCUAAUAUAGUGCAAGUUUUAGGAUAUUUAAGAUUGAAAUGUUUUUAACCAAAUCAUGCUGAAAAUGUUGAUCCAGGUUUGACCUGACAAGACUUAGACUACAAGCGAUAGCUAGUAAUAUUGCAAAUCAUGCAUGUUCUAUUAUGUUCCUGUGCGUGCUAUAUUAAGGCAUGUGAUAACCCACCUGUUAACUGUGAAGCAGAGAGGGAAUUCUCUUGAAUUGCCAUUGCUAAGUGAAAUUGCAGAAGUUCUUGGGGCCUCAGCUCCAUUGCAUUUUCCCAGGCAGUGCACCCCUGCCUUGCCGGUAAGGGAACCAUUGUCCUCCAAUCCUGAAUGUGGAUAACUCUGCCCUUAUCUUUCAGUGAGAAAAUGACCAUUCUGCUCAAACACACGAAUGGCUUUGAAAUGCUACAUGUAAAGGCAUGAUGGUGCAAAUGGACUGGCAUGGCUGCUCAGUUCACCAAUUCAUUGAAACGUUGCAGAAGAGAAGUAGGGUUACACUAUUCGGCCCAUCAAGUUGGUCUGCCAUUCAGCACAUUGAUGGUUGAUCCUCUAUUGCAAAGCCAUAUUCCGACUCUCUGUCUUCCCUAUACCCUUUAAUGCCUUUGGCGUCUAGAAAUGUAUCUAUUUCUUGCUUAAGCAUAUUCAGUGACUUGGCCUCCACAGCUUUCUGUAGCAGAGAACUCCACAGGUUCACCCACCCUCUGAAAGAAGGUAUUUCUCUACAUCUCCACCCUGUACACUGGGACCAUGCAACUGCCUCAGGUUAAUGUCAAAAGAUUUUCGCAGGAAGGUAAUAAUCAUGCAGGAGGGUAUAUUUGCAAAUGCAAGGGACUAUUCAUUAUUCCAGCAAUUCAACCCAACCCAUCAGUGGGAUGGGAUCAGGCUUAAUACACCCAGAGUAACAAUGUUGGAAACUAGGCAAACUCACUCAAUUUGAAGCUGAUGCAUGUGGGGACAAUGCUGCUUUUAAGCCUCAUUGGAGGCAGGGAGUACAAUACUGGGAGGGGUUUAAACCAAAAAUUCAAAAUAAGUGAGAUCCCAAUUGGUAACUUGAUCUAACACCCGACUCACAUCCCCUUAGCUCCAGCCCUUGAAGUCUGUGACUAUAGGCUCCCACUGGAAACAAGGAAAUCACCCGGAGGUUUUUUCUACAUCGUGAUGCUCCCAUCUCAUAGCAUUCAGAUAUUGUCCAGAGAAAAAAGUGCAUGCCCAAUCCAUGAGUGGAGUGGGCAAAAUCUACCACCUAGCCACAGAAAUUAAGAGACCCUCCCUGCCUGUGAGUUUAUCGCACUGUUGUGUGACUCUGAAAUUGUAGCUUUCAAUUGUUCAGUGAAUGUAACCCAAUCAGCCCUGAUGCUGUUGUACCAGCUUAAGUCUUCCUAUUGAAUUUUUUCAUCAAUAUGUAACACAUGUAACAAAGCAGUGUGCCUGCACAGAACCAGGCUGUGUACUGUGCAUGAAUUGAAUGUCUUUCAUUGAUUGAAUUGUUCUAUGCUCCUUUUAAUAAAAUCUGCUUGAUUACUAC